UGCCAGCCGCCGCCACUGUCGCGCCACAGCCCCGCCAUCGUCGCCGUCGCUCGUCGUCUCGCGCAGGGCAGCCCGGGUUCUGGUGUCUGGCGGCGAAUUAAAUAGCCACCAUGUCGAGCAAAAAGGCAAAGACCAAGACCACCAAGAAGCGCCCCCAGCGCGCAACAUCCAAUGUAUUUGCCAUGUUUGAUGGCAAAUCAAACAUUUGCCAUCAGUCGCAGAUUCAGGAGUUCAAAGAGGCCUUCAACAUGAUUGAUCAGAACAGAGAUGGUUUCAUUGACAAGGAGGAUUUGCAUGAUAUGCUUGCUUCUCUAGGGAAGAAUCCAACCGAUGCAUACCUUGAGGCCAUGAUGAAUGAAGCUCCAGGGCCCAUAAAUUUCACCAUGUUCCUCACAAUGUUUGGUGAGAAGUUAAAUGGCACAGAUCCGGAAGAUGUCAUCAGAAACGCUUUUGUUUGCUUUGAUGAAGAAGCAACUGGCACCAUCCAGGAAGAUUACCUGAGAGAGCUGCUGACAACCAUGGGAGAUCGGUUUACAGACGAGGAAGUGGAUGAGCUGUACAGAGAAGCGCCUAUCGACAAAAAGGGAAAUUUCAAUUAUAUUGAGUUUACGCGCAUCCUUAAACAUGGAGCAAAAGACAAAGAUGAUUGAAAGAACUUUAGCUAAAACCUUCCAAUUGCUUUGUCUUACUCCGUUUUAUUUCCCAGACACUUUCCCCCACCCUCAUAGACCUGUUGCAUGCAACUUAGUUUCACGGCUUGGCCUCUUUUUUUUGAUGUAUUUAUUCUAGACCUUUCUGCCACUUAGCACUUGUAUAAUCAAACUGCAAAUGAAUGGGGUUGAGGUUGUAAAUUGUGCUGAAAAAGAGAUUGCGAAUAAAAAUCAACAAAUGUGAAAGCCCAGGAAAAUAUAUCCGGUAUUUCUGGUUUUGCUGGAUUUUUACACUUUUAUAUAAUAAAAACAGU